GAAACGGGAGAGGUGAUGACUUUUUUAAAAUUUCACAAGCCAAGAAUUUAUGAAAUUGGUGAUAAGACGUUUAAUUUUUGCUAUGUUGAAAAGGGGCACUUUAUUCGCGACUCAGAUUACACCCAUUGCGCCUUUACACAUCAUUACUUUCUAUCUUUUUGAUGGCAUGGUUUGAAACUCAAAGACCAUAUUACAUACAGAUAAAGAUAUUUUUACAUUUUGUGUCGUCAAGUAAGACAAGCAAAGUGACACGAUAAUCUUAGUAGUACCAAAUAUUUGACUAGAGAAGUUAUUUCAAUAAAUUUAUAACAUACACACACAUAUGUAAAUACAAGUUGGUAAUGAGUGACCAGAGACGAAAUGUAGUUCAAGGGGCUUGGGCUAAUGUCAGUACAAGAUCCAAAAAAGUUGAUGGCUCACUUGCAAGUAAAAAAGGCAUGGUUACUUUUGAUGUUAGAAAAACUGCUGAGAAAAAUGAUAAUGCUUCAUCAGGUUCAAAUCUUGUUAAGAAGAGUUCAUUUCAGUUUGAAAAUGUGGAAUUGCCGAGAGAACCAUCUUUCAGAACUAUAAACCAGUCAGGAGAUUACAUUAUUAGUGAUGAACCCAACGGUCAGUCAAGGAUUGCUUUGGUUACAAAUUUCAUUGACUCCAGUGAGUGUGGGUGGAUGUUUGACCAGUUAAAUGAUGAAUUAAGCUGGAAGCAACAUGAAGUGCACAGAAUAGGAAAGACAUAUAUGCAACCAAGGAUGACUGCAUGGAUUGGAAAUGUUCCAUAUUCUUACUCUGGAAUCACUCACAAAUGCCAAUGUUGGAAUCCAUUGCUGACGAUGUUGAAAGACACCAUAGAAAACAAAACAGGGCAUCAGUACAAUUCAGUUCUUGCCAAUCUCUACAGAGAUGGUCACGAUCACGUUCCUUGGCACUGUGACGAUGAAAAAGACUUUGACACUCAUCCUUCUAUUGCCUCUCUUUCAUUUGGUGAUUCAAGAAUAUUUGAAUUGAGAAGAAAACCUUACAAAAAUGAACACUUGAAAAGUUUGAAAAAUGAUGCCCUGACAGAUGCAGACUACUUGGAAUACAUAAAGAUCCCACUCAAUGCUGGCUCGCUCUUACUUAUGGAGGGUGCAGUUCAGCUCGAUUGGCAGCACCGAAUAGUCAGAGAGUAUCAUGAUAGAGGGCCCAGAAUCAACUUGACUUUCAGAUCCAUCAUUGACAGAUGACAGAUUUUUUUGUUUCACAGUUUUUUCAUUAUUCAGUUUUUUGAUCAUCUUUUGAAUAUUAAAAACCAAACAAAACUUUUAUUCAUUGUGGUUCAAAAAUUUUACUUAUCCAAGAUGUAAAUUAUUUUUAAAUAACUAGUUUUUUUAAAUAGAGUAACAUCAAGAUAUCUAAAUUUCAAAGGAAAAACCAUGCUUUGUAGUAAAGAAAAUGCAUGUUAUAAGAAUGCUAUUAGAAAUUUAGAUGACUCUUAUAUAAUAGACAAAAUAUUUUUUGAUUCUCAAAAACUGGAAUUACUUAAAAUUAUUGAUUAUGCUCUUAAGUUUGUCUAUAAUAAUCAUUUCAAGCUGAUUGUUCUGUCCACAUCUCACUAGAUCAUUGCAUCCAUUUGAGCAAUUUGUACCAGCUUUUUUAACUUCAUUUAUUUUAAACAUUCUAUCUUGUAAAGAAUCUAACAAUUUAAAGAUUUCCAACAUUUCUAUUUUAAAAUCUUCUUUUGAUUUCAACUCAUCAGGGAUGAAAUGGAUUUUUUUCA